AUGAAGUACUCCCUCGCUACUCUGGCCAUUAUUGGCUCUGUCCUCGCCUUCCCUGUCCAGGAGGGUGAGAACCCUCACACUCUCUCUACCUCGUUCUCUACCUACUCGACUACCCCGGUCACGUCCACUCCCUCGACUAGCCACGCUUCACUGACUACAUCCAAGCCUUCGUCGGCCUCCGCCAGCUCGACCCCCACCUGCGACGUUGAGUCCGAAGGCGACAACGGUAACCACUAUGGCUGGUGCAAGAAGGCCCAGCACUCUGGCACCUACAAGAACGGCAAGAGCGAUAGCGAGAGCAGUUAA